AUGCCACUAGAGCUGUCUCCCCCUGCCUGGCUCGGCGGGGAGCGCGGGCUGCGGAAGCCCCCGCCCGCCCAGGUGGGCCCUGCUGAAUGGGGGGCUUGUGCGCAGCUGGAGGGGCGGGAGCUGGCAACCUGCCCACCGUCCGCCCCGCCCGCUGAGCCCCGAGCCUCAGCACAGCCGCUGCAGCCAGCGCCGCUCAGAGCUAGCGCAGCCAUGGCCCGAGCCCCAGCCCUGGCCCUGCUCCUGCUGGGGCAGUUCCUGGCCGAGACACUCGUGGCCCAGGCACAGAAAAUGGGCCUGAGAGGCCCCCCAGGCCCCCAGGGGCCACCUGGAAAGCCAGGCAAGGACGGCAUUGAUGGAGAAGCUGGCCCUCCUGGCCUGCCUGGGCCCCCGGGACCGAAAGGGGCUGCGGGGAAGCCGGGGAAACCAGGAGAGGCGGGGCUGCCGGGGCUCCCCGGCGUGGACGGUCUGACCGGGAGAGAAGGACCGCCUGGAUCUAAGGGUGCCCCUGGCGAACGGGGAAGUCUGGGGCCCCCAGGGCCGCCUGGGCUUGGGGGCAAAGGCCUCCCUGGACCCCCUGGAGAGGCAGGAAUCAGCGGGCUCCCAGGUGGACUCGGCCUUCGGGGCCCCCCGGGACCCUCUGGACUCCCAGGCCUGCCUGGCCCUCCCGGCCCUCCAGGACCCCCUGGCCACCCAGGGGUCCUCCCCGAAGGCGCGACGGACCUCCAGUGCCCAGCCAUCUGCCCACCAGGGCCCCCUGGCCCCCCGGGGAUGCCAGGGUUCAAGGGACCCACUGGCUACAAAGGGGAGCAAGGAGAAGUCGGCAAGGACGGUGAGAAGGGUGACCCCGGCCCCCCUGGGCCCCCCGGCCUCCCCGGCACAGUGGGGCUACAGGGCCCACGGGGUCUCCGAGGACUGCCAGGGCCACUCGGGCCCACCGGGGACCGGGGUCCCAUCGGGUUCCGAGGACCCCCCGGCAUCCCAGGCGGCCCUGGUAAAGCGGGUGACAGAGGCGAGAGGGGCCCAGAUGGGUUCCGCGGCCCCAAGGGCGACCUCGGACGACCGGGCCCCAAAGGAGCCCCUGGAGUGACCGGGCCGGCCGGAGAGCCGGGCAUGCCGGGCAAGGACGGCCGGAACGGCGUGCCGGGACUGGAUGGUGAGAAGGGAGAGGCUGGUCGCCAUGGUGCCCCAGGAGAGAAGGGUCCCAAUGGGCUGCCGGGCCUCCCUGGAAGAGCAGGGUCCAAGGGUGAGAAAGGAGAACUGGGCAGAGCCGGAGAGCUGGGCGAGGCGGGCCCCUUGGGAGAGCCCGGCAUCCCGGGCGAUGUAGGCAUGCCCGGGCAGCGCGGCGAGGCGGGCCACAGGGGCUCAGCGGGGGCUCUCGGCCCACAAGGCCCUCCCGGGAACCCCGGCAUCCGAGGCUUCCAGGGCUCGAAGGGCAGCAUUGGAGACCCCGGGCUGCCAGGCGCCCAGGGCCUCCGCGGAGGUGUGGGCGACCGGGGCCCAGAAGGAGCCACAGGCCCUAAGGGCGACCAGGGCAUUGCUGGUUCCGACGGUCUUCCCGGGGACAAAGGCGAGCCGGGACCCAGUGGCCCUGUCGGAUCCAAAGGAGAGCCCGGCAGUCGAGGGGAGCUGGGCCCGAAAGGCAUCCAGGGUCCCAACGGCACGAGUGGCGUAGACGGUGUCCCGGGCCCCCCCGGGCUCGUGGGCAUCCAGGGCGUCCAAGGCCUGCCUGGCAUCACUGGGAAGCCCGGAGUCCCGGGGAAGGAAGCCAGUGAGCAGCACAUCAGGGAGCUGUGUGGGGGCAUGAUCAGCGAACAAAUCGCACAGCUGGCUGCUCACCUGCGGAAGCCGUUGGCGCCGGGAGCCACGGGUCGGCCUGGACCUGCAGGACCCCCGGGCCCGCCCGGGCCCCCAGGUUCCAUUGGUCACCCUGGAGCUCGGGGACCUCCCGGAUAUCGUGGUCCCACCGGAGAGCUGGGAGACCCGGGACCCAGAGGAAAUCCGGGGGACAGAGGAGACAAGGGCGCAGCUGGCGCAGGUCUGGACGGGCCCGACGGAGACCAGGGGCUGCCAGGGCCCCAAGGUGUGCCUGGCGUCGGCAAAGAUGGCCAAGACGGGGCCCAUGGUGAGCCUGGGCCGCCCGGAGACCCCGGCCUCCCCGGCGCUGUCGGUGCCCAAGGGACCCCCGGCAUCUGUGACACCUCAGCCUGCCAAGGAGCUGUGAUGGCUGGGGGCGGGGAGAAGUCCGGGCCCAGAAGCUCUUGAAGCACAACAGGCAGUGAGAGCGAUGCCCACUGAAGCGGUGGGCUCUGGGGGGCGGGGCUCAGCAGCACCCAGUGUUGACAUCCAGCUCGGCCUCGCUGGCUCACCCCCGCUGGCUCACUCCCAAGCCCCUCCCCCUGCCCCCCCACAUCCUCAGCGGCAGCACCUGGACACCCGUGCCCGAGUGUCCUUCCCCAGGUGCCGGGAAGGCGGUCUCCCUGUGUGUUCACAGCGGCCUAGCCCGUGGGGACCUCAAACCUGGACAGGGGCACCGCGCGGCAGCGCCAGGAGGGCCUGGCGCACACCAAGCGGGCACAAGGGCCGGAGAGAAAGCUCAGCACCACACGGUGCUGGCACAAUACCAGGUGCAGCCACAGUAAAAUGGUAACUUGGACCCCAGAGUGACAGCGCCCGCAGGGCAAUGACAGGGGUAAAGGGCUCCUACCGGGCAAUGCCCUCCGCGCCAGUCCACCCGCUCCUGCCUGUGUGGACGCCACGCCGCCUCCGGCCCGCGGCGUCCGUGGGAGCCGACUCGGUGCUGCACUUACCCUGUCGGUGUCACCUGCUGUCCUGAAUAAAGCCACUCGUUUGAAAACCC